AGCGCGAAACACGCUUUAGUUUGGUUUCUUUGACGUCAUUUCCGGAAACCGUCUGGAAAAGUCUGGAACGGUUGGGUUCGGUUUUUUCGGCGUUUAAUAAACGUUAUAGGAGCAAAAAAAAAAAAAAAAACAACAGGUAUUUCUUGAAGGUAAAUAAUCUUCUCGAGCCAAGAUGUCGUACAUGCUUCCUCAUCUUCAUAACGGCUGGCAGGUGGACCAAGCCAUUUUAUCUGAAGAGGACCGGGUGCUUGUUAUACGAUUUGGCCACGACUGGGACCCUACGUGCAUGAAAAUGGAUGAAGUUUUGUACAGCAUUGCUGAAAAGGUCAAGAAUUUUGCUGUGAUUUACCUUGUGGAUAUCACUGAAGUGCCAGAUUUCAACAAGAUGUAUGAAUUGUAUGACCCCUGCACAGUCAUGUUUUUCUUCAGAAACAAGCACAUCAUGAUCGACUUGGGCACUGGUAACAACAACAAGAUCAACUGGACAAUGGAGGACAAACAGGAGAUGAUAGACAUUAUUGAGACUGUUUACAGGGGAGCUCGAAAAGGAAGAGGUCUCGUGGUGUCCCCUAAAGACUAUUCAACGAAGUACAGAUAUUAACUUUACUUUAAAUAUUGUCUAGUGUAUUCAGUGACAUUACAUUACCCUGGAUGGACACCUCACCUUCACUGGGACAGUUUGUAUAUUCAUGUGUAUACAGAAGUGACCUGCUCUUGUAUUAAAAACCUUUUUUAUUAUUAUUAUUUAAGAAUUUUCCUUUAUUGCAUCAAUGAUCAGGAAAUUGUGACUUUUUUUUAAAUAAAUAUUUUACAAGA